AUGCCCCAAACAGUCGGUUCUGGACUCAACGGAAAAAUAGUCAGUGAUGAAUUUAAAGAGUCACGUUUCAACAUCACAAACGAGGGUGCUCACUUUUCUCUCACCAUCAGAAAUGUAAUCAAAUUGGAUGAAGCAGUAUAUUUCUGUCAAAAGGGAUCAUCGUAUUCACAGACUUUCAUCAAUGGCACAUUCUUGGCUGUGAACGACAACAAUCAGCAGAAAUCAGUCUAUGUGAAACAAAGUCCGGAGACAGCAUCAGUCCAGCCUGGAGACGCACUGACUUUUCAGUGUUCACUGCUCUCCAAGAACACAACAAAAAACACAGAUCAGUGUCCCGAUGAAUGCAGUGUGUACUGGUUCAGAACUGGAUCAGGAAGAUUUCAUCCAGGUGCCGUUUACACUCACGGGAACAGGAGUGAUGAACGAGAGGGAAGGAGCUGUGUCUACAGUCUGUCCAAAACUAUACAGGACUCCUGUGAUACUGGGACUUACUACUGUGCUGUGAUCACAUGUGGACAGAUCCUGUUUGGAGAAGGAACAAAAGUGGAGAUAAGAUCAAAGUUGGAGCUUGUUGUCAUUGUACUUGGAGCACUGUUGGCCUGCUGUGUGACUGUGAUUGCGGUCCUUAUGUUCUACAUUAAUGGGAGGAGAGUUUGUGAACAUUGUAAAGGAGCAACAGGAACAACAGCAACAGGAACAAAUGCAACAGGAACGUCUUAUAAUUUUGGACAUGACAUGACAACAGUGGAUCAAUCAAAUGAUCCGGAUGGUAAAGCAGAAGGAGUGAACUAUGCAGCGCUGGAUUUCCCCACAGAAAAUGUGCAAAGAGGAAAUAAAAAGAGGAGAGAGUACACACAGGGCUGUAUGUAUUCUGAUGUUAGGUCAAAUAAUCACAACCAGUAA